CCCAACAACCAUGGACCUUCACGUGCGUCUCACCUGGCUGCUUCUGCUGAGCACCACUCUCCUGACUGAACCAGCAAGUGGAGCCUGGUGGAACCAGCCAGACAGAGACCCAAACUCAAUAUGGAACAAAAUUGCCGAGUGGAUUAAAGAAAAAUUGGAGCCAAAAGUUCCACCACCACCACAGCUGAGACUGGAAUCUGGAGGGCACCGAUGCGCCGGGAGGGUUGAAGUUUUCCAUGAUGGAAAAUGGGGCACGGUCUGUGAUGAUUAUUUCAAUAUGAACAGUGCCAACGUUGUGUGCAGACAACUUCACUGUGGCCAAGCUGUCUCUGUCCUGGGGCUGUCUUACUUUGGCCCCAGUGGAAAAAUUAUCCACUUGGAUGAUGUGCAGUGUAGAGGAACUGAAUCCCACCUUUGGGACUGCCGGCAUGCCGGCUGGGGCAAGCACAACUGUGGACUCAAUGAGGAUGUUGGUGUCAUCUGCUCAGAUGCAAUGCACUCCACUGUUGCACCAACAGGUUCCUCCCCUGCUCCCAGCUCCACCCCAGCACAGACUGAGACUCCCGCUCCAGAGACCGUGGCAACCCUCAGGGAAGAUGUGUCUUCUGCACCCACUACUGUCACAGAGGAAAUGACCACAAUAGCUCCUGAAAUCCCAGCCACAGCCGACGCCUUCCUCCCUUCCACCACCACCACGACCACCACCACCACAGAGGAAAGCAGGACAUCAGAAAUCCCGAUUACACCGCAGACAGCCUCUGCAAAUACUUCAGAACCACUGUUACCUGCUGCACUGGUGGAAAAUGCGACAACCCCGGCUGCAGAAAUCCUCUCCACCAUGGCUGAAGCAACAGUCUCCCCUACUGCUGAACCUGCAGAUGUGACCACAUCAACAGUCCCUCCUAGUGCUGAACCUGCGGAUGUGACCACAUCAACAGUGUCUCCUAGUGCUGAACCUGCAGAUGUCACCACAUCAACAGUCCCUCCUAGUGCUGAACCUGCAGAUGUCACCACAUCAACAGUCUCCCCUACUGCUGAACCUGCAGAUGUCACCACACCAACAGUCUCUCCUACUGCUGAACCUGCAGAUGUGACCACAUCAACAGUCUCUCCUACUGCUGAACCAGCAGACAUUACCACUACAACUCUUUCUCCUAGUCCUGCACCAGCAGACAUCACCCCUGCAGCAGCAUCCACAGCAGCACCAGCAGACUCUGCCACCUCCCCUGCAGAAGACACAACACCUGGAGCAGCAGUCACAGCUGAGCCCACAACAGCUGAAAACCCAGUGACAAGCUCAUCUGCUGCAUCAGUCCCUCCAACUCCUGAAACAACAGCCAUUGGCACAGGUAAAUGA